UGUUUACCACCGGGAGGAGCACAGUGACGGGCGGACUGACGGGAGCACCCACACGCCAGCACCCACGCCCCAGGACACCCAUAAGCCCCAGUAGAGUAUAUACAAGUAGUGAGCAAUCUGCUCUUGACUGAGGGACAGAGUUUAGUGCACUCAAGUUUUCUUCUCUCUGGCUGUCUGUCUCCCUCCUGUUCCUGUUACUGUUGAGCCUUGGUAGCCAGCACACCAUGAAGGUUAAAGGCCCCAGAAUGUCUGCUGAUAUCAGCAUCUCCUGCCCGGCCCUUGCCAAGAUACUGCUGCAUGCAGCUCGCUACCCCCAGGCUGCUGUCAGCGGGGUGGUGUUAGCCCCUGCACGCAGCGGUGGUGGUGGUGAUGCGCCCACCACUGUAACACUGGUAGAUGCUGUCCCACUCUUCCACCUUCACCUCUCGCUGGCUCCCAUGCUGGAGGUGGCACUGACACAGAUUGAGCAGCGGUACAAAGCUGAGGGUCUGAUCAUUGCCGGCUACUACCAGGCCAACGAGAACAUCAAAGAUAAUGUACCAGACUUUGUAGCACUGAAGGUGGCCGAGAAGAUUGCCGAGAACAACAACGAUGCCUGCCUCAUUAUGAUUGAUAACCGACGGCUCUGUCUAGACCUCCAGUCAGCGCCAGUAAUAGUGUCACAGCUCACCUCGGAGGGCAAGUGGAAGAGUAAAGACAAAUCCAGCGUGCACGUUGAGGCCGGGGCGCUGGACGUGGUCUCCCAGCUGCUGCAGCGGCGGGUACAGCACGACGUGUGUGACUUUGACAACCACCUGGAUGACCUCACCUGCGACUGGUCCAACCCUCAGAUCAACAAGCUACUCACCACCCUCAGCGCUGCUGCUCAGGACUAGCUGACCGCCAGACCCUGCAGAUAACUUGUCUGUCUGUAUGUUUCCAUUCCUUUUGUUUGUCACGCUGUCUGUCUGGACACAUCUUUGGCCAGAUAUUUUUGACAAGUUUUUUUCAUCUACUUUAUAAUUAAGACAAGAAUAUUACUUCCCUGUAUAUUUCUAGUUAGACAACAUACACAAAACCCAUCCUCUGCAUCACUAGGAUGCAGCCACCAAUCUGACACAGCAGACUCCCACACUCAUCUGGUAGGAUAUCCAGGUACCUUGUUACUAUUCCACAUUCAUCACACAUUGAGUUGUAGACAAUCUCCACACAAGUUCCUUUACACUCACACCAGUCAACAUGGAGUUGUUGUUUGCCAGCUGUGCCUAUAACUUGCUGGUCUAUUUCUUAUUCUGGUGGACCCCAAAGUCUGUAGCACUUAGAAUCUGCUCUGCCAUGUCAUAAUUGUAGUCCAGUGAGAAGGGUUUGUUUAUUCCUGACUAGGAAGCAGCAUUUAUGAAGAGCCUAUGAACACAGAUAGGGUGGGAAUAAUUGUUAGGUCUUCAUUAUAAUUAAUUGACGGGUAGAUUUGACAUCUAGAAAUAAUAACUUGUGGUUAAUUUAUAUAAGGGAUUAGGUUUAUACUUCCUUCACUACCAAGGGAGUUAAUUUAAUGUUUGAAAAUAAUGGGUCCAAAGUAUUAACCUGGUGUGUAAUUGCAGGGUUGAGUCAGGUUCACAGCCUUCUUUUUCUUUAGGUGAUUGUACACUUCUAUACAUUUCAAAGGAACACACACACACACACACACACCUGUUGAGCAAUUACUUGAAUUUAUUUAUGUUGUUAACAGUUGUAAAGCAUUAUCAGCCCCUGGGUGAAAAAAAUAUUACAAAGACAAGUUUUGUUGGCUGUUGGAGGUCAUCUCAUGAGCUUUGUUUCCUUUAUGCUCAUUGGCUUGAGGAAGAAAUACUUACCAUUUUCUUCAGUAUCAACUAAAGCACGUCCUUCAAUCCAAUUAAAUCUUGGCAAUAAAUUAAAAUUCAAGUUAUGUAAUCCAGGUUGCACAAUUCAGCUAGUGGGCAGGGGAGAAUGGGAUAUUAUGAGCUAACCUCCAAUAAUCUAAAACUAUAAUUAUAACUGUAUAUUUUAUAUCAAGGAAUGUACUCAGCUAGUCACUGGAUUUGUAGCGAGGGUGUUGAUCAUAGUCGUCUAUUUUCUGGUGGUGGUGCAGCUGACAGGGUGAAGAUCCAUUACUUCCCGCUGGGUCUCACCUUAAAGCCGUGCAUGACUCUUCCGGUAAUGCCAAGAGGUUCAUUCGUGACAAGUCAUCAUUUGUACACUUGUUGGCAGGAAUUUGUCACUCCUGGUUAACAUUUUUAUUAUGCACGUAUAAGUGUGGCCUCAUCUUUUCCCCAUUUCCUCUGUCCCUGUUCUGCCAGCAUUGCCCCCUGCAUCCAUGUCCACCCUUCUGUUCUUUCCCCCUAGAAUAUCCUCAAGGGCUGAGUAGUGCAACAGUUGUGCUGGGCAACUUUCCCUCUGCAACAAGUGUUAUGGUCACAAAGUGUGCCAGAAGUGGAGUGGAAUACUUACCAUGUACCUUCUUGUAUCUGUAGUUCAUUUUUACGAUGUUGUUGAUGGAGGAAGUUUCCUGUUAUCUUUUUCUAUAUAUUUAUGUUGCCAGAAUAUUUUAUGGUGGCCCAUCAGAGGUGCCAGUGUGCAAGGGUGAGGAGUGAUAAGGCGGGAUACAGGUAAGGAGGACAGGUGUAGUGGGAGUAGUGUUGAGAUCAGCGUUACCAAAUUAUCACACUCAGCCACUUAGCACAGUCUAUUCCCAGGUUUAGGACAUAUAACUCCCACAAACAGACAUCAAUAAUUAACAGUUUGAGGGAUAACUUUGAGACUCGUUAUUGGUGUGGAUGCAAGAGUUUUGGAGCCUGAUAUUGAUGAAUGCGGUGUUCUGAGUACAUCAAUAUGGUAACGCUGGUUGAGAUACAGGACUAGAGCAGAGGUUGUGGCCUGGAGUAUGGAGUAUGGAGUGUGGGUGAAAAGUACAGGUUGAAGGGUGAGGACGGGUGUGUCCAUCGAGAGACCCCAGCACCCUCCUCCAGACUUGUACUUUUUAAUGCAUGGUUUACUUUUGUGUUAGAGCAUUUGAUAUCAAGCUCAUAUUUCCUUGGGUUCAUAAAUAAUUGUAUAUACACUUUUGAUGUGGGUAAUUAAGGGACAUAACCAAAUUUUAGCUUCCCUAAGUGUAUGGUCAUGCUGUUGUGUUGAAUGCUGUGGGUUAGAAUGGAAGGGAGCAGAGGUAGUGGGACACAGAGUAUUUCUAAAUGUGGGGCAAGGGAGUAAUGCGAGAGACCCACCGCACGUACUGUAUGGCAGGAAGAAAGUGCUAGUAGUAGUCAGAAGUAAGAUAAAUUGCUGUAAUAUAUAUGGCCUAAGGAAAUUAUGGAUUUUCACCAGCGUAAUGAAUAAUAAUAAUAAAGACUAACCCAUCUUU